AUGGCUGCAACCAUGACUUCUUGCUCGCCUUUUACAAAGGCCGUUGUGAGCUCUAUGAGAAAGCUCUAUCCCGAAGAAUUGGCAGACAAGAGCUUCGACAAUACAGGCUUACUGCUUGAAGCUCCCUUUGAGCCAACGCGUCGACAGAACAACUCGGUAUUGUUAGCCAUUGACUUGACCACCGCCGUGGCCGAUGAAGCCAUCAAGCGGCGAGACUCGGCCGUCGUAGCUUAUCAUCCCAUCAUCUUCCGUGGCCUCAAGUCCAUCACUCUCAACGACACUCAACAGCGGUCCCUCCUUCGACUGGCCCAACAUGGAAUCAGCGUCUACUCACCACACACAGCCGUGGACACUGUUCCCGGUGGCAUGGCCGACUGGCUCUGCGACGUGGUCACCGGCAACUUUGACAGCUCCCAAUCCGAGACGACCAUGAAACCCACUCUCCAACCCUGUUCAUCCAACUUGUACUCUGCCCCAACCUACCCUCAAUCUCACUCCGUGCCCCAAAUCAGCAGCACAUCCUCGAGGCAAAUCCCCCACUCUCGCUCGACCAUCCACCCAUCCCCGCCAGCUUCCAUCCCAGAAGGAUUCGAAGGCGCCGGCGCCGGUGCAGGCCGUCUCGUCACCUUUACCGAGGCCCAGCCUCUCACCCAGCUGAUCGACCAUAUCGGCCGCGGCGUCGGGCUGCAAGCCGGGAUCCCCAUCGCCAUUCCGCAGGGUCAAUCCGUCGACCACAUCCGCAUCCGAACAGUGGGCAUGUGUCCCGGCUCCGGCUCCGGUGUUCUUCUCCGCGGCGACUCCAUCCCCGAUCUGCUCUUCACGGGCGAAAUGAGUCACCAUGAAGCGCUUGCGGCGACGGAGCGCGGAUCCGUUGUGAUCUCUCUGGCCCAUUCGAAUUCGGAACGGGGCUACAUUCGUGCCGUCAUGCAGCGCAAGUUGCAGGAGGAAUUGUCGCGGCGCUGGGAGAGUGAUCGACAGACGGCUUUGAAGGCGAUGCAAGAUAGUGCCAAGCAGGGGGGUGCGGCGCCUUCGACGAAUCCCGUUGAGGAGGAGGUAUAUCGUGAUGCGAGCGUGGAGGUUUCUGUAAGUGAGGCUGAUCGUGAUCCGUAUGGGAUUAUGAUCUGGCGGUCUUGA